UUCUCCCGCCUAUUUUAAGGAACCCAGGCGGCUAGACGCCUACAUGAACCAGCCUAGCCCUGUAUCCCUUUCUUUUUCCUCCUUACACUACACUAGUCAGACCCAAGUCAACCCAACAACUCUUUCUUCCUCCUCGCCCACCCUUUCUCUUUUUCCUCUCUACCUCCGACAAAGGGCAACCCCGACAAACAAAGCAUUUCUUCGCUUCGCCUUCGCGUUUUAUCAAGCGCCGCUCUACCACACACCCCUUCUUCAUUUUAAAUCUCGUCAAACAAACACGAAAGCCAAAUAAACGAUGGCUCGCGGCAACCAGCGUGAAAAGGCGCGUGAGAAGAACCUCAAAGCCCAGGCUGCUCAGAAAUCAAAGAGCGGCAAGACUGGCUUCGAGAUGCAGCGCGACAAGGAAGCCGUCGCCGAGAUGAUGCGCAAGAAGCAAGCUGCUGCCGACGCGAAGAAGCAAGGAGCCGGAGACAAGAAGUAAAAAAACCCAAACGUAGAGGCAGGCGUGCGCGCAAGGAGAGAAGUUAUUUAUUAAACUAAUAUAGACGUUGGGUGUGUGUGUGUGAUGAUGAGGAGGAAGAAGAAGCCGUUUUCACGAUAUCACGACACAUAGGCGAAAUUGCCCUUUUUUUAGCAGGAUCUCCGGUUCCGAGACGUGCUACGGCGUCUGGACAUUUCCCACAUUUUCGUUCCUUGCCCUUCCUUCCCUCUUCGUCGUUGAUUUAGGUGAACGUGAUAUAUAGUCCAGCACCUAAUAUAAUCUAAAAUCAUUUGUGACUUAGACGUAGCGUAAUAACGUAUUGACAGUUUUGGUAUUCAACAUAAUAGCAUCACAACACACAAGUUUAAAGUAAUUAAGCAAGACAAUCGGCC